CUUCCUCCAGACCCCCGUUGGGUAUCUGACUCGACCUUGAUCCCUUCUUUCACGUCUCUCUACAGCAUCUACUGUCCCGCCCGAGAAUGAGCCGAAAGCUCGCCCCCGAAGCCAAUCGGAUUCUCUUUGUCAAGAACCUCAACUACAACGUAACAGCGGAGCAACUCUUCGACCUCUUUGGCAAAUUCGGUCCUAUCCGACAAAUACGUCAGGGAAUUGCAAACAACUCCAAGGGCACUGCCUUUGUGGUAUACGAGGACGUUCACGACGCCAAACAGGCAUGCGAUAAGCUCAAUGGAUUCAAUUUCCAGAACAGAUAUCUCGUUGUCCUAUACCAUCAGCCCGAAAAAAUGCUUAAAUCGAAAGAGGACCUGGCGGAAAGGCAAGAGAAUUUGGAACGUCUCAAACAGCAGCAUGGUAUAGAAUGA